GGCGCCGGCAAGCGGUCCGUUCUCAUUCUUAUAGACGGUGGUCCUCGUUCCUGCCUCGUCCCGCGAUCCCCGCCCUUUGAUUGUUCAUCUCCGCCUCCUCUCGUCUUGUUGAAAUCGAACCUGGGUGACAAAAGCAUCUCGCACAGACACCGGCGACUGCUCUGUGCGCGCCCGCUUCUAUUGCCGCGCGACGGAUCCCGGCCGGCUGGAAACGGUGACGCUCACUUCUCUCGCACCCGUACCCGCCGUGUCAGUGGGCUCGCUCUCCCACACGCUUGACCCCGGGUGGUGGCGACGACCGGCUCUCACCUCCUGCGACCCCCGGCGAUAAAGGUUUCCCGUUGCCGCCCUUCCUCCUUUCUUUCCUCCUCCUCCACCCCUUCGCUCCCUUUGAACGCGUCUUUGUACUCCAAAGAGCCUCACACGGAGUCGAAUUGCACCCCGUCCAGCUGCAAUGGCUUCCAGGUUGGUCCUCGCCCGGGGCGCCGCCCUGCGGCCGACCUUGGUCUCCGGCAGUGGCAUGGCCCGCGGCGCUCUCGCCACGGCUGCGGCUCGCGCCCGCUGCUUCACCCAGACGGCUACCCUCAGCGAGUCUCCCAGUGCCGAGGCGCGUAAGACGCAUCUCAAGGCCCUCCGCCGCGAUCCUCUCUACUUGCAAAUGCAGAGCGCGCAGGGCAAGCACGAGCAGCCCUGGAUGGACUUUUCCUCGCGCCACAUCGGGCCCCGCGACGAGGACAUCGCUGAGAUGCUCAAGGUGCUCGGCCCCGGCGCCGAGACGCUCGACAAUCUGGUCGCGCAGGUCGUUCCCGAGGAUGUCAUGCUUCCUCCCCAGAAGACGAUCCAGCCAAGGACUUACAGCGAGUCGGGCAUUGCCAAGGCAUUCAAGUCCAUGAACAAGGAAAACGACAUCCGCGUCUGGAUGAACGGUGGCGGUUACUACCCCGUCGAGGUCCCCUCCGUUAUCAAGCGCAACAUCCUCGAGAACCCGGCCUGGUACACGAGCUACACCCCCUACCAGGCUGAAAUUAGCCAGGGUCGUCUGGAGUCGCUGCUCAACUUCCAGACCAUGAUUGUCGACCUCACUGGGCUGCCUGUCGCCAACGCCAGUCUGCUCGACGAGGGCACUGCCGCCGCAGAGGCCAUGACCAUGUCUCUCAGCAACCUUUCCACCUCGCGGGCCAAGCGUGAGGGCAAGACGUAUGUCGUCUCCCAUCUUGUCCACGAGAGCACCUUCCGCGUCAUGGAGGGCCGCGCCGAGGGUUUUGGCAUCCGCCUCGAGCUCAUGGAUCUCUCCGCCUCGGAUGCGCACCAGAAGAUUGAGGCCCUUGGUGACGACCUCGUCGGUGUUCUUGCCCAGUACCCUGACACCGACGGUGGUGUUCAGAACUUGCGCGACCUUGCCGAGGUUGCCCACAAGCAGGGCACUCUUUUCAGCGUAGCCACCGACCUGUCUGCUUUGACCCUACUCACGCCCCCUGGCGAGUUUGGAGCCGAUGUCGCCUUUGGAAACUCGCAGCGUUUUGGUGUCCCUCUCGGCUUUGGUGGCCCCCAUGCCGCCUUCAUGGCUGUCAAGGAGAAUAGCAAGCGCAGGCUGCCCGGGCGCCUGAUUGGCGUUUCCAAGGAUCGAACUGGCGGACGUGCCCUUCGCCUGGCUCUGCAGACCCGAGAGCAGCAUAUCCGACGAGAGAAGGCCACCAGCAACGUGUGCACGGCUCAGGCCCUCCUCGCUAACAUGGCUGCCAUGUACGCCAUCUACCACGGUCCCGCCCAGCUCAAGGAGAUGGCCGUCAACAACCUCCGAUACGCCCGUAUGAUCCAGGACGCUGCUCAGCACUAUGGGUUUGAAGUCGCCACCCGCACCCUCGACUCCGAGGGACGCGUUCUCUCCGAUACCGUUACGCUGCGCCUCGACGAGCCCAUCGUCUGCCGGACUCUGCGCCGUGAGCUUUACAAGCAGGGUAUCAGCAGCGGCAGGCCCGGGUCCCGUGACGCGAUUGUCCUGGCUGUCCCCACGACCUUCACCCAGGAGACAUACAUCGGCAUCGUCAAGGCGUUCCAGUCUACCGCCAGCAAGAACUACAACGACAAUGACCUCACUGUCGCCCACAGAUUUUGGACCAAGGGCUUCGAGGAGUCCUCGGAGGAUGUCGUCAGGGGCAUCCCCGAGGCCGUCCGCCGUGAGUCGACUUUCUUGACGCACCCGGUCUUCAACACCCACCACAGCGAGACCGAGAUGCUCCGUUACAUGCACCUCCUGCAGUCCAAGGAUCUGUCACUGGUUCACUCCAUGAUUCCCCUGGGCUCGUGCACCAUGAAGCUCAAUGGCACUACUCAGAUGGAACUCAUCGGCGCCGAAAACAUUUCCAACAUCCACCCGCACGCGCCAACGAGCGCCGUCAAGGGGUACCAGAGGCUCUUCAGCGCCACCUCCUCCCAGCUUUCUGCCCUCACCGGCAUGGACGCCACCUCUUUGCAACCUAACUCUGGCGCCCAGGGCGAGUUUGCCGGUCUUCGUGUUAUCCGCAAGUACCACGAGCAGCAACCUGGCCCUAAGCGCGACAUUUGCCUCAUCCCCGUCUCCGCCCAUGGCACCAACCCUGCCUCUGCUAGCAUGACUGGCAUGCGUGUAGUACCCAUCAAGUGCGACACCAACACCGGUAACCUGGACUUGGCCGACCUCGAGGCCAAGUGCAAGAAGCACGAGGCCGAGCUGGGUGCCAUCAUGAUCACGUAUCCCAGCACUUAUGGCGUCUUCGAGCCCAGCAUCCGCAAAGUCUGCGAGAUUGUUCACCAGCACGGCGGCCUCGUCUACAUGGACGGCGCCAACAUGAACGCCCAGAUUGGGCUGACCUCCCCGGGCGCUCUGGGUGCGGAUGUCUGCCAUCUGAACCUGCACAAGACGUUCUGCAUCCCCCACGGUGGCGGCGGCCCAGGCAUCGGCCCGAUCUGCGUCAAGGAAUUCCUCGAGCCUUAUCUCCCUCACAAGGACAGUCAGACCCCCGUCGCCAGCGCCGCGUUUGGCAGCGCCAGCAUUGUCCCCAUCAGCUGGGCCUACAUUGCUACCAUGGGUGACAAGGGUCUCCGCAAGGCCACCGAGGUUGCUCUCUUGAACGCUAACUACCUCCUUGCUCGCCUCAAGGACCACUACCCCAUCCUCUAUACCAACGACAACGGCCGCUGCGCUCACGAGUUCAUCAUCGACAUCCGGCCGUUCAAGGCCAGCGCCGGCAUCGAGGUCGUCGAUAUCGCCAAGCGUCUGCAAGACUACGGCUUCCACUCGCCGACGAUGAGCUGGCCCGUGCCUAAUACGCUUAUGAUUGAGCCUACCGAGAGUGAGAGCAAGGAUGAGCUCGACCGGUUCGUCGAUGCCAUGAUCAGCAUCCGCGAAGAGAUCCGCGAGAUCGAGGAGGGCAAGCAGCCCAAGGAGGGCAACGUGCUGCGCAAUUCGCCACACACGCAGGCUGACCUCAUCGACGGGGACGGGGAGGGCAAGUGGGACAGGCCGUACUCGAGGCAGAAGGCUGCUUACCCUCUGCCUUAUCUGUACGAGAAGAAGUUCUGGCCCACGGUGACGCGUGUGGAUGAUACCUACGGUGAUACCAACCUGUUCUGCACGUGCCCCCCUGUCGAGGACACUACUGAGCAGUAGAGCUGUCGGCACUGCCAGCAAAUGAUUUUUUUUGAUAAAAGCCAUGCAUUGUUUCCGUGUGUAUAGUACACGUUUUGCUUGCAGCCCCUUUAGAAUUCUUGUCUAGGGAUGCACUUGAUUUGAGUCACCUCUGCGAGUUUGUCCCGACAUCUUUACGGAGACGCUUUUUUGUGCUUUUCAGGCGGCUACGAAGCAGCCAUCCACGGAGUUAUCGCGGGUUCUGGAGGCUCUCUAUUUAACAUACCAGGCGGAACCAAUUCAACAUCAACGGCGUCUCAUGGGCUGAAUGAAGCAAGGACGAUCGAUCAAGAGGGGUGGGCAGGGCCAUCUCAUGGUCUGAGAUGUGCCGCGAAUCACAUAGAAAUCUUGAAAUAAAUCAAGCAUCUAGAAUUACAUUACAUUUACGA